UACAACCCUUCUAUCCUUCAGGGGUGGUUUACGGAAACCCACAGAUAACUGAGCAAACCUCUGCCAACCAACUAACAUGAGCAGCAUUAGGAAUAAGCCUGCUUGGGGACUGUGUUUCAAGAAGGGAACAAGUUUCACUUUUAAUCUAACAGGCUUGUUUUGAAGAGUCUAUGGGGUGUGAAUGAUUGGACAGUGAAUCUCAGUGGAGGCCCUGGCUCUGGAGUAUUUGAGCAGCACGUUCAAGAUGGAAAGAAUCAGCUGUUAGAACCUGGAACAGACCCACUCUCUGGAUGAUCACCAGUCUCUUGUGACUGGAUUCAACCACUAAAUCCCACAUGUUUCUGAGCCCCUUGGAUUUGGAUAGAGACUAAUUGCUCUUCCUAGCUCUGGGUCUUUCAGGCAUACUCCCAGCCUGACCCCUGACACUGAACAAUGGGGAGACCCAGGAAAAAUCCUGACACCACAGCCUCACCUCAUCAGACUGCAACUGUGCCCAAAGCCACCCCAGCAGCACCUCGUUCCUCUGCCGCCUCUACCCAGGCCAAGACAACACCCACAGCCAGCCGACCUAAGAGCGCUGAGGCUGCUGGGAAUUCAGGCACCAGCAGGGCACAGACAGACAAGCCAACCAGCAGCACCACUGCCAGAAGAGCUGGGCAAAGCUCUUCCCAAUCAAGGGCCACUGCAGCACAUGGCAAUGAUCAAGGAGACACCAAGAUAAGCUACGGAGUGACAGCUAAGAACCCCACAGUAACUAGUGGAGGGAAACCCUGCUCCACAACAGCUAAAGCACCUGCUGGUGCUGACCCCUGCCUGGGAGGGGGUCAAUACAGCCGCUCUCGGGCCAGUACCUCUGGCCGGGGCAAAGCAAGCAAAUUUCCCUCCCUGCUGACAAGAGAAGAUGUGUUGAAAGUGGAGAGGGAAACCCGGGGCCAGAGGGAUAAUCCCAAGUGGUACGAGUGGCGGGAAAACCGAAUCACAGCCUCAGUCGCACCCAGGAUCGCUAACAGCAAGUUUGUCAAUGGCAAGAGCUCUGAGGUGCCCCAGUCUUAUCUCAAGGCUGUGGUGAGCUCCGGUUCCAAAAUGCAGACACCAGCCAUGUCCUGGGGCACCCAAAACGAGAAAAAGGCAGUGCAGGCAUAUGAGGAGCUCCAGUCCAGGAAGACAGGUAGGCUUGUGAAGGUGCAGGAGUGUGGCCUCUUCAUUCACCCAGGGAAGGAGUGGCUCGCAGCCAGCCCAGAUGGAAUUGUCAGAGAAGCAGAUACAGGGAAGCUACUGGGGCUGCUGGAGGUCAAGUGUCCCUAUAAGCACAGAGACAAGACAGUGAAAGAGGCCUGUAAGGACAAAGCCUUCUGCCUGGAAGUAGAUGGUGAGUUCUACUCCUUGAAAAGAAACCAUCCCUACUACACUCAGGUGCAGUGCCAGCUGGCAACAACAGGCUUUGACAGGGCUGACUUUGUGGUUCACACCAACAAAGAUACAGUCAUCACCUCAGUGGACUUUGAUGCAGGGUUCUGGGAGAGAACUGAGCCUAAGCUGGAGAAGUUCUACAUGGAGGCUGUGAUUCCCCACCUGGAUGAGAAGAGAAGCAACUCAGUUUGGGCUAAGGAAGAAUAAAGUAUUUGGGACAUCUGGCCACUACCCCACCAGGGACUUCUGUCUUCCAGAUGCCAUGAUAGAUUAAUGGACUAUCUCUAGUUCUGCCACAGCAGAACUAUGGAAUCUGGAGCAUGAUACCUGCUGAGUCCUGGUCUACAUUUAAAAAUUAGAGCUAACUAGCUACAUUUGUUCCCUCAAUGCCUUAGUUAUGUCUACCUAACCUCCAGUAUAGACAUGACUAGGUCUUCUAAUGAACUAGUUCCUACACUGAGCAGUAACUAUCUCCAGUACAGCUGCAGCACUGCUGCUGUAGUGGCUGUAAUGUAGACAUUGCUUGAGACUGGACUCUUCCUUCCUAUUUAGAUUGUAAGCUCCCUGAGGCAAGGAUUGUAUCUGCCUGUGUCUCCUACAGGAGUGGCAUUUAGUGCUCCGGGACUGAACUGAUUGCCUGUCGGUCUUGAUAAUGUCACCUUUCUCUGAACAGCUGCCCUCUUCCGAACUUCUUAUUCCAGUGCCUGGCAGCUGCUGCAAAGUAUCCCAUCUCUAGGGAAAUAAGUUGGUCUGUCUGUGAAACGGUCUAGUUCAGGGUUAAGAGAAGAAGGUGGAUGAGGUAAUCUCACCCAUCUUGUGUGUCUCAUAUCUUGGUGCCAACACAGUUACAACAAAACUGCAUAGUUCAAGGUUGUCUGGGGAGGGGGCUGGAUUCCAUUUAAUGGUCUGGGGUGAAGUUCAGGUCUAAACUUGAAUUUUAGUCCACCAAGGAAUCCUUGCUGCUGUCAAUGGCAGAUUUGCCAAAGAUCAAACAAAAGGUAUGGACUUUAAGGGGUAACUGAACUUAUAAUUAUGGGCUGUAUUGUCAAUUCAGCAUCACACAAAGGGAUAAUGUGUUCUGCUUUAGAUAGGCUGCUGUUUCUUCUCUUGCCAUCUUCCCUCACAACCUCUUUCCCACAGUCUGUUAAAAUGAUCA